AUGGGGUGCUGUGGCUGUGGAAGUUGUGGCGGCUGUGGUGGCUGCAGCAGUGGCUGCGGCGGCUGCGGUGGCUGUAGUGGUGGCUGCGGCGGCUGUGGUGGCUGUGGCAGCUGCGGUGGCGGCUGUGGCAGCUGCACCACCUGCAGGUGCUACCGUGUGGGCUGCUGCUCUGCCUGCUGCCCCUGCUGCUGCGGCUGCUGCGGAGGCUGCUGCAGUACCCCCGUGGUCUGCUGCUGCCGCCGCACCUGUGGCUGCAGUUCCUGUGGCUGUGGCUCGUGUGGCUGCGGCUGUGGGAAGGGCUGUUGCCAGCAGAAGUGUUGUUGCCAGCAGAAGUGCUGUUGCAAGAAGCAAUGCUGCUGCUAGGCGGCCGGCCGGCCUCUGGGGAAGUGCUGCAGGUAACCAUGCUGUAGGUAAGACUUCCCCCUCCCUUUCUGUCAGCUCCUUUCUGACUUUUAAGUCACAAGCGUGACCUGAGCCUGGUCACCAACCCAUAGGAAUCCCACAUUCUGUGGUUUCUGUCAUCCUGUUUGCAUUUAAUAAACACCAGCCAAAGUGUAAAUGGACAGCCUCCUCUGUCCAUUAACUUUCAAAUAUUGCCUUGACAAAAAUGAAUCAAGAUAGCUAAUGUUUUGUGUUCUUGAAAUGCCUUUAACUUUGUGUUUAUUUAUGUCCUGUUUUUACCAUUGCAUUGCCAUCUCUGUAAAUGCAAAACAACUCUUUUCUUAAUAAAUUAUACUAA